GUAUAGUCUGUGUAAUUGCAACCUAUCAAAUUGUUCCAUAAUACUUUUUCCUUGGUAAAUUUCGGAUUAUCCCCGAAUAACCAUGGCUUUCGGAGACUAUCCAAAAGAAUAUAACCCUGCGGUUCACGGGCCAUACGACCCGGCUCGCUAUUAUGGAAAACCUGAUACUCCUUUCGGUCAGCUGAAGUUGAAUGAGGUUGGAGCAUGGCUUGGUCGCAGGAAUAAGACACCAUCGGCUCUUAUGGGCGCUUGCAGUAGAGCCUGGUGGAGGUGGCAACACAAAUAUGUCCAGCCGAAGAGAGUUGGUAUGGCUCCAUUCUUCCAGCUGCUUGUUGGAUCAAUGGCUUUCUUCUAUGCUAUCAAUUACGGAAAAAUGAAGCACCACAGGAAUUACAAGUACCACUAAACAAUACACCAAAAUGAUUAUGGAGUAACACCAUGUUUUUAAAUUAUGUAUCUGGUGUUAGAAGCUUUUGUCUGCUAUAGAUCCAUUGUUCUGUUCUUACAAAUAAAAUAAAUAGUUAAAAAAAAACAA